AUGGCGUGCCGCGGGCUGUGCUGCUGCUGCCCGCCCAGCCUGGGCGCCUUCAACGAGGACAACGCGCGCUUCGUGCUGCUGGCCGCUCUCAUCGUGGUGUACAUGCUGUGCGGGGCGGCCGUCUUCUCGGCCAUCGAGCAGCCCACGGAGCGGGCAGCGCAGGAGCGGUGGCAGCGGCGCCUGGAGAACUUCUCGCAGAGGUACAACCUCUCCCCGGCCGAGCUGCGGGCGUUCCUGUGCGACUACGAGGUCGCCUACGUGGCCGGCGUGCGAGUGAACGACAUGCGGCCUCGGUGGGAUUUCCCGGGGGCGUUCUAUUUCGUGGGCACCGUGGUCUCCACCAUCGGGUUUGGCAUGACCACACCGGCUACCAUCACCGGAAAACUUUUCCUGAUAUUUUAUGGCCUUAUAGGCUGUGCAGGGACCAUCUUGUUCUUCAACUUGUUCCUGGAGCGCUUGAUCACGAUCAUAGCCUACGUCAUGAAGUCUUGCCAUGAGAGACAACUAAGGCGAAACGGGGCUCUCCCCCAAGACAUCCAGCAAGCCGCUGGGAACGCUGAAGUGGACAGCUUAGCAGGAUGGAAGCCAUCCGUGUAUUACGUUAUGCUUAUCUUGUGCCUGGCAUCACUCACCAUAUCCUGUUGUGCCUCUGCUAUGUACACACCAAUGGAAGGGUGGAGUUACUUUGAGUCUCUUUAUUUUUGCUUUGUGGCCUUCAGCACUAUUGGUUUUGGUGAUCUGGUGAGUAGCCAGAAUGCCCAGUAUGAGAGUGAGGGCCUUUACCGAUUUGGCAAUUUUAUCUUCAUACUCAUGGGGGUUUGUUGCAUCUAUUCCUUGUUUAACGUGAUCUCUAUUGUCAUCAAACAGUCAAUCAACUGGAUAUUAAAGAAACUAGAAUGCACAUGCCAUAGAUGCCAAAGGAAACUCUUCAGGUCACGGAGGAAUGUUGUGGUGCCGGGGAGUACACGGAACCAACGCAACAUUUCAAUUGAGUCCGAUGGUAUCAUCGAGAGCGACACAGAUGGACGCAGAAUGUCUGGCGAGAUGAUCUCCAUGAAAGACCUCUUAGCCUCUAACAAAGUGUCGCUGGCCAUCAUGCAGAAACAGUUGUCCGACAGUGCCAAUGGCUUUCCAAGACAGAUGAGCACUGCUCCUAGACAAAAUGGAUUCGCCGGUGGCGUAGGAGCUUUGGGGAUUAUGAAUAACAGGCUGGCAGAGACAAGUACUGAUAGGUAAACACCCACACUGGAAAUGCAUCAGGGAGUGUGGGAUGAGUAAGGAUCAAAAGAUAUCACAGAGACCAAACUAACUUAAGCAGGACACCUUGUAGAAGUGUUUCGCCUCUAUUGUUGCUGGCAGUUAAUAUCUGUUGCAUUUUGCACUAUAACACCCAUCUGCUCUUGCCCUGAAGGGCCUGCCAAAGAAGAUUCCAAUGGUAUCGCGUCGUCCAGCCGCACUUACAAGCUUCUGCAAUAUGUAUUUCAGUUCAGAGUUAGGAGCAGGGAAAUGAAUGGAGACGAACCAUGGCUUUGCGACACUGGCAGCUCAAUUCUGUAAGCCCCUGUGCUGACAAAUCAGCUCAAAUCAACAUAAAGGGCACAAGUGCUGGCAGGAUGGAGAACUUGUCUCCUUGUGCCAGUACUGGGACAUGACCCUUCCCACGGCACUGACACAGCUGCUGCCAUUGGCUGCUUACU